AUGAGCGCACUCAUUACCCCCACGGAUUCCCGUGCGGGCACGAUGCAGCCAGAAUCGACCGUCCCCUCGUCGCCAAUCACAAAUGCGACGGACACCGACGAGAUCAAUCCCCUCACCACUGAUGAUGACGAUAAAAAGGAAAAAAUGACGGAUGGUGAAGAUGAAGAGCUAGACAGUAAGGCGAAGGCCUUGAUGCACCUUUUGAAGACAAGUUCAGUUUUUGUCGCUAUCAUGUCGGAUAAGAUGAAGAAGCAACAGGAAGACGCUCGCUUGGCUGCAAUCAAGCAGCGUGAGCAAUCUGCAGCUGCAGACGACAAGAAGGAGGCGAAGACUGCCCCCGAGCCACCCCGACGAGCCACGCGCACCCGUGCGAACCAGAAUUCCACCCCCGAAAAAAAGACCAUAGAGAAAUCUGCAAGUGCCAAAUCCAAUGACAAGAAGACAGACGUGAAGCCUGGUCGGCCCAAGCGGGCAUCUGCUGCAAAUGGCAGCUCGAUUUCGAAUUACUUCAAGAAAGCGGACGUGGAAGUGACUGAGGACAAUGCUUCUGUACAGCAAGCACUUGAGCAAGCUGCCGAUGAAUAUGAGGCAAAGCCUACAGCACUGGGCGAGCAAGAGCUGGUUGCAACCCAGCAGCCUGGGCUUAUGACUGGUGGCCAAAUGCGCAGGUACCAACUCGAAGGAUUGGAGUGGCUCAAGUCCUUGUGGAUGAACGGACUGUGCGGCAUUCUUGCUGAUGAGAUGGGUCUUGGAAAAACAGUUCAGGCAAUCUCAAUGAUUGCUUUCUUGAAAGAGAAGCAGGUCUCAGGGCCUUUCUUGGUCGUUGCGCCAAUGAGUACCUUGAGCAACUGGAUUGAUGAGUUUGCAAGAUGGACUCCGGAUAUUGAGACAGUGCUCUAUCAUGCCACAAAGGAUGAGCGAGCUGCUAUCCGUCAGAAGCAAAUGAAUAUCAAGAAUCAGGCAAAGAUGAACUUCCCUGUCAUUUGCACAUCAUACGACAUCUGCAUCAAUGAUCGAAAGUUCCUAUCGCAGUACCAAUGGAGGUACAUUGUUGUUGAUGAGGGCCACCGCCUGAAGAACGUUGACUGCAAACUGAUGAAAGAGCUCAUGACAUACAACUCUGCCAACCGUCUUCUCAUCACGGGAACUCCAUUGCAGAACAAUAUCUCGGAGUUGUGGUCCCUGUUGCAUUUUCUUCUGCCUGAACUAUUCAAUGACCUUGGCUCUUUCGAGAAAUGGUUUGACUUUUCUUCAGUCUUGGAUAAGAAAGGCGAGAGCGAUGAUGUUGUCGAGAAGAGGAAGACCAAAUUGGUCUCCAGCAUGCACGCUAUUCUCAAGCCAUUCUUACUUCGGCGUCUCAAGGCCGAUGUGGAGACCUCGCUGCCCAAAAAGCGAGAGUACAUCCUGUACGCCCCUCUUACUUCCGAGCAGAAGGACCUCUACCGGGAGAUUAUCGCUGGGACUGGUCGCAAGUAUCUUGAAGACAAGGUCCUGGAGCGUCUGACCAGCAAAAGCGCUAGCUCCACGCGCUCGUCAAGCCUGAAGCGCAAGAGGAGUGGCACUGAAGAAAGUUCUCCAGCGAAGAGCAUGAAAACCAGCGAAUCAUCUACACCUGCGUCCGAUGCUCCCAUUUCUAGCCGACCCCGUCGUCGUGGUGCGACCUACGAGUACAAAGAGGUCACUGAUGGGGAGUUCGACGAAACGCUACGGAAGAUGGAGCUGGGAAUUGAAGAAGCCCCCGAAGAAGAGGCUCAGCUGAGUGACACUGAGCUCGAGGAGCAGGAGCUUGCUCGCAACUUGAAGCUUGCCAAGCAAGAAAUUGGCCAAAAGAAGAUGCAAAACCCAAUUAUGCAGGCUCGCCUUGCAUGCAACUCGCCACACAAUUUCUACUGGCCGUGGAUGGACGAGUCUUCGACUGUGGACGAGACGCUUGUAUCGGCGUCCGGUAAGAUGCUCUUACUCGACCGCCUAGUUCCCUGCCUCCUCGCUAAGGGUCAUAAGAUCCUUAUUUUUUCGCAAUUCAAGACUCAGUUGGACAUCAUUGAAGAGUGGGUGACUGAGCUUCGGUCGUGGAAAUGCUGCCGCAUAGACGGCGCAAUCGCCCAAGAGGACCGCCGCACUCAAAUUCAUGACUUUAACAAGAAGAACAAUCACAAGAUCUUCUUACUGAGCACUCGUGCGGGUGGCCAGGGAAUUAACCUCACAGCCGCGGACACAGUUAUUCUUUUCGACUCCGAUUGGAACCCGCAGCAAGACCUGCAGGCACAGGACCGUGCUCAUCGUAUUGGUCAAACCAAGCCUGUCAUAAUCUACCGCUUGGCCACCAAGGGUACCGUUGAGCAAACUCUUCUCGAGAAAGCUGAUUCGAAGCGUCGCCUGGAACGCCUGGUCAUUCAAAAGGGCAAGUUCCGCUCGCUUCUCGACCCCACCGCUACGUCGCAAGACGUUGAUGAACUGCGCCGCGCUCUCGGCGAGAACGAAUUCGAACGCUUCGAAGUGGGCAAUGACCCAGAGUCAAUUCUUUCUAACAAGGAUCUUGAGAUCCUGACUGACCGUUCCGAGGAGGCUUACGCCCGCGCUGAACAAGGUCUUGACCGUAAGAGUGCUGCGUUCGUUGCUGUUGAGACAAAGGGGAAUGCCAGAGAUUUGUGA